CUGACCUGUGAUCAGCCAAACCGUACAGCGCCGGUGCGCAUGCGCAGGGCAGUCUGCUGUCAUGGCCCCGGUCGGGGAGGCAUUGUGUUGGGAGAGGAAUAUAAACCCUUCAACUGCGCACGGAUACUGAUGGACAUCAGUCGUUGAGUUCAGGAUGAAUGACAUGAACCUGAGUCCUGUGGGCAUGGACCAGCUCAGUGUGCCCUCAGUGAGUGCCAGCCACCUGGGGCUGCCCACCUCCCCCACACACAACCCCAUUCCCACCCCAGGCAUGCCGGUGGCCAUCCCCAGCCUGGGUCCUUCCCUGGGCUCCCUUCCUUCUGCCCUCUCACUGAUGCUCCCCAUGGGUCCACUGAGUGACAGAGGAGUGAUGUGCGGCCUGCCGGAGAGGAACUACUCCUUGCCGCCGCCUCCAUACCCCCACCUGGAGAGCAGCUACUUCCGACACAUACUGCCAGGUAUCCUGUCCUAUCUGGCAGACCGUCCACCACCUCAAUACAUUCAUCCCAGCAGCCUUAACAUGGAUGGGACCCUGUCUGUAGCCAGCAACAAUCCCUCAGGUCUAGACCCUUACAGUGGCCCUGGAGGCCCCCUGGAGCAGGGCCUGGUGCCCAUGGACUCAAGACAGGUCAGCGGCCAGGGAGACCUCCACCAGACUGGUGCACAUGAGCUGGACUCUACAGGCUUGGCCAUGGAAUCACGUGUCAGUAGCCCAAUGUCGCCUGAUAGGAUGGGAGAGGAGCUGGCCACCAUGGACGGGGUAGGGGUGGUGGCGGUGUCCGAUACACAGCAGCAGCUCGGAGGGGGAAGGCAACCUCAGCCACACGAGGGCCUGACCGGUGUGGACUCAUCAGGUGGGGUUAUGCCCCUUCACGGGCCUCCUGUGCUCGAACUACCGGUGGUGAUGGAGCCAGAUCACAUGGGGGGGCGAGUGGGAAACGCUGGGGGAGGAGGAGCGGGAGGACUCGGGGAGCAGCUCCAUUCAAAUGGGGAGCUGAACUCAGGCGUGGUCAGUGUGGUGCUCACUGGGUCCAUGACCAGCCAGGGCCAGCUGGAGUCGGUGUCCCUCCAUGGACACUCUGGGAUGGGGCUGGAGGCGGUAAAUGUGUCUCCCAUCACUGCAGAGGUGUCACUGGGGCCAGAAAACAACCUGGUGCUGGUCAACUCCACCCUGCAGCUUGAGGAUUCUACCUCCAACAAGGAGAACAUGGUCACUGCCUACACCAUCUGGUGCACACUGUGCGACCGCUCAUAUACCUCAGACUGCCCAGAGCACGGCCCAGUCACCUUCAUCUCCGACACCCCCAUCCAAAGCCGGGCUCGCCUGUCUCUGCCACGUCCACUGUGCCUACGGAUAUCAGUGGCUGACGAACCGCUCGGAGUUUUUGCACGGGACAUCAUUCCUCCAAGGACCUGCUUUGGACCAAUGGUGGGCCAGCAUUGUAGUAACGUGGAUCUCUCUGAUUGGCCAGAAAAGGACACGCCACAAAUAUGGAAGAUGUAUCACAACAACGUGCUGGAAUUUUAUAUUGUGACGACGGACGAGAACGAGUGCAACUGGAUGAUGUUUGUGCGCAAAGCACGGACCCGUGAGGAGCAGAAUCUGGUGGCGUACCCUGCUAGUGGGAAACUGUUCUUCUGUACAACCACAGAGAUCCACCCGGACCAGGAGCUGCUUUUCUACUACAGCAGAGACUACUGCAGGCUGAUGGGUGUUCCUCAGGAGCCUGAGGGUCAGAUCUGCCAAUGUGGCAAAGAGUGCUCCUCCUUCUCUGAGCUCAAGACUCAUCUGAGCAGCCAUAACAGUAACCACAGCCAUAACCAACCUCCACACAGCCACAGCCCAUCGCAGCAGGACCACGCUCAGCAGCAACAGCAACAAUCGCAGCAACAACAACAACAGCAGCAGCAGCAGCAGCAACAACAGGAACAACAAACGCAGCAACACACUCACCAGGAAGAGAAACUGACCAAUGGGACCUCGAGCUCCUCCUCUUCCCCGUGGCCCUGCCACACCCACGCCGCAGGACAAACAAACAGUGAUAAUAACAGCAGCAGGGGCAGCAACAAUAGAAACUCUGAUAACGUUACAGCCAGAGCGAAAGGUCAGGGUCACGCGCGGGAGAAGAAAUUCAAGUGCAGCAUGUGUUCCCGGGCAUUUAUCACAUCCACUAAACUCAACGUGCACUUCAUGGGACACGUGGGGAUGAAACCCCACAAGUGUGAAUACUGCAGUAAGGCCUUCAGCGAUCCCAGCAACCUCAGGAUGCACCUCAAGAUUCACACGGGUCAGAAGAACUACAGAUGCACAGUUUGCGAGAAGUCCUUUACCCAGAAAUCCCACGUGGAGUCGCACAUGCUCAUCCACACCGGUGCAGAGAAGCUCAAGUGUGACCUCUGCGACCGGGCAUUCAUCAGGAAACAUGACCUGAAACAACACAUGUUCUCUCACACACAUGAACGCCGCAUACAGUGCCCAAAGUGCAACAAACAUUUCCUAAAGACCAACCACCUGAAGAAGCACAUGAACUCUCACGAGGGCCGCAGAGACUUUGUCUGCGAAAAAUGCCACAAAGCUUUCCUCACCAAAUACCACCUCACUCGUCACCUAAAGAUAUGCAAGGGGCCCAAGACGGAAAGAGCGUCCCGUAAGGAGCAGGACUUGGACGAGGAUGAAGACGAAGAGGAGGAUGAGGAGGAAGAUGGUAGGGAACGAGGAGGAGGAGAGAGACUUGUUGACUCAACCAGCAAUGAAGACUGCGGUUUAGACGUUGGAGGGUAUAACUCUGAAAAGUCCCUGUCACCCUCUCACUGACAACACUGUGCCUCUUUGUGUAUUUAUUUACUUUACAAUACUGACGUUUACUUCUAUUUUUUUUUGCCAAAUAUUAGUUGCUUUGUCAAAGUUUAAUUGCAACAUCUUACAUAAUCCGAAUUUUACCAUCAAUAUAUGUUUAGUCUCACAAGCAUAUGCGUGCUGCUACAAUAAAACUUUGUCAUAUUAUAAGCCAACUGAUGAAUAUCUGACUGUAAAGCUACUCUGUCUUUUGAUUGAACUCAGGCCUGUGUAAUAUUGGUUGAUGGGAUUCAUAUAAGCUAUCUUUCAUUCAUCGUUAUUCCUUUUUCUGUUCCUCUUUUGACUCACUAACACGGGGUGACUUGGCUGAUAUUCAUUUGUAGUUGCACAAUAAUGUCAAUUAAAAUUUCUGAUGCCAUAUUCUUGCCUUUUAGUCCCCUUAUAUCUGUAUGUAAUAUGUAAUUGUGCUUUUAUUCUUUAUUUAUUAAAAGCAAGAUUUUUGUAUUCCUUUUUUUUCUAUUUAAAAUGUACGUGUGAAUGAAAGCGAGCCUCUAGAAAACAGGAAUCUGGGCAUUAAUGUUAUAUUCCUCAUUGUGUGAGUGUUGACUUAAUGUUGAAAUGUUACAGCUCCAUCCUAUCUGUCGCAUAAUGUUUUAAUAAAUAUUUGUCUGU